AUGUUCGCCAUCUCUGCCGCCCCCGCGUGCGUCCGUGACGCCGCCCGCACCCGUGUCGCGCCCGCCAAGCGCUCUCGCGCGACCUCCGUCGUCGUCGCGAGCGCGCGAGCGACGUCCGGUGACGUCACGCUCGAUCGCCGACAGUUCGUCCGCUCGUUCGCGCUCGCCGCGGCGACGCUCGGCGUCUCGGCGCCGAGAGAGGCGCGCGCGUUCCUCGGAUUCGGUGAAAGUAAAGAGGCUGCUUACUCCACGGACACGAAGGCGAUCAUCGAGCAGGUAAAGGCCACGUUGGAGAUGGCGCCCGGCACCGAGGGACGGGAGGAGUCCAUCAACAAGACGCGCACAAUGACGAAUGCGUGGGUGGCGAAGUAUCGACGGGACAACGCGACGACGGGUAAGCCGUCGUACGGUCAAGUGUACAGUGCGUUGAACGCCGUGAGCGGUCACUUCAACAACUUUGGCACCAAGUAUCCGUUCCCGGCGAAGAGAAGAGACCGCGUGUUCGACGAGUUCAAGUCGGCCGAGCUCUUGCUCGAGCGUGGGCGAUAA